AAGGCCUUGAAAUUUAUUUAUUUUUUCAUUCUCUACCCCUAAAUAAAUUUUAUAUCCACCCCCUUUUUUUUUAUUAAUUUAGACAGUUUGACAGGUCAUUACACAAGCACAGAUAUUCAAUUCACUAGUAUUCAAUGCGAUAAAUUUCUGACAAAAUUUUUGACAGUUUGACGGCAUUACCAGAUAAACUAGCCUAAUUUAUCUCGUCAAGAAUACUGCGUGACUUACUCUCGUGGGUGAAAAAAUUAUUUCUAAGAAGUCUAGUGAUGAUAUGAGCAAUUUUAUAUGGCCUUCAAGUUGACAGAUUUAUCUAUCAAAUUAUAAUAAUAAUUUAAAAAAUCGUCGAAAUAAUAAUAAUCGCCAUAGAAAACAACAACAACAAAAGAGAAUAUCCUGUUUCAACAUUAUCCAUUAAAACAAUACCAUUAUUGAUCGAUUGCCCAAAAUUGAUUGAUAAUCAUUAGUUGUGACGCACAUUAUUCGAAUUUCAACGCACAAAUAACUACAGACAUACAUAAAUAGAUAGAUAGAUAUAUAUAUUUCCCAUUUCAUUGAUCGAUUAAUUGUUCUACAGGAAAUACAAUAUCAAAUCUUAUUCAUUGGAACUUUUCGAAUUCAUUGGAUUAUUAUUGUAUCUCCUUAUGAAGAGAUCAACUUGAAUUGAUCCAUUCAACGUAUUGUGGAAUAUGAAAUUGAUACACAAAUCAAUAUUAAUGGAUUUCUUUUUAAAAACUGACUAUAUUUAAACGUGUAAAGAUACAUUAUUGAUUUCGGAUUAAUAGAUAUAUUUUUGUGGUGUUCAGUAUUCUCACUAUAUACCAUCGUCUUUUAAAUAUUAAAACAAAAUAAUAUUGAGUAUCAUACAUAAACUGUGGAUUUAAUUUAUUCUAACAUCUGAAAAGUAACAUCUACGCACGAGUACAAUAAUGAAUUCAAGUAAUAACAAUAAUAAUAGUAAUAAUAGUAAACCUCGGCAGAACUCUCCUGAUACUUAUACAUCAAUGCCUCGUAUUUCAACUAAUCGAAAUACAUCUGUAUAUUCUUCUUCUUCUUCUUCAAGUAAUAAACAACUUAGUAAUAGUAAUAACAUGACUAAUACUAAAACAUCACCAGCUGAUAUAAAUUCCACUUGUGAUGAGCAUAAUAAUAAUUCUAAUAUAAAUACUAUUCCUACUUCUAUCACAACUACUUCAACAUUAAACCUUCAUAGUCAUCAUCCAUAUCAUCCUGCCAAUGUGUCGUCAACAACAAGUUUGUCAUCUUCAACAUCAACGUCUAUUUCUACUGCCUCCUUAUCCACUUCAUCUAUUGAUCCCGGUUUAGCAACGAUGUCUAAUUUAAAUACAACAUGUAUUGGUACAGAUCAGUCAACAGUAACAACACCAGCAUUGUUGACAAAUGAAUCAUCUAAUUCAUUAUCGUCAAGAUCAUGUGAUUCAACAACAUCUAAUCUUAUUGUAAAUUCUCCUAAUCGUUCAGUAACGACAACAAAUAAUAACAACAAUACUAACAAUAAUAAUGUUAGCAGUAGUAAUAGUACAACAAAACGCAAAAAUAGUCCAACAACUACUGAAGAUGAUUUAACUACUGCCAAUACAAAUAAUAGUAACAAUAAUAAUAAUAAUAUACAAUCAUACUAUUCCACAACAUAUCCAAACACAUCAACAAUAGCUGGAUCUAAUAGUUUGAUGCAUAGUGGAAUUUCUAUCGCAACCGGUGGAAUAAACAAUAACACCAAUACUAUGAAUAAUAAUAAUUCCCAUCGUUUAUCUUCAAAUAAUCCUGUUACUGGUGGAACACAUUCCCAUUUAAACUAUUCUGAUAUUAAUUCAAGACAUGUUGGUAAUAAUAUGUCACAGUCGAAUUUGUCUAAUUCAACAGCGUCAGUGACAGCUUCCACUGGAUCAGCAAGUAUACCAGGUGGAGCCAAUUCAGGAUCUUUAAAUAAUGCUGUAAAUAUUGGACAUGGUAUGAGCAAUGCUGAAACAACUAUUCAUAAAGCAAGAUCAGCUUUAUAUGAACAUCCAUUAUUUCCAUUAUUGGCAUUAAUCUUUGAAAAAUGUGAAUUAGCCACAUGUACACCACGAGAUCCAAUGUCAGCUGCUGCUGCUUCAGCUUCCGGUAAUACAAAUACAGGUAAUAUGGAAGUAUGGUCAUCUGAAUCAUUUAAUGAAGAUAUUAUUGUAUUUGCGAAAGAAUUAGUUAAUUCCCAAAAAACUAUUCGCACUGGUGAUCCCGAGUUAGAUUCUUUGAUAAUCCAAGCUAUUCAAGUUCUCCGAUUUCAUCUUCUUGAAAUAGAAAAAGUUCAUGAACUCUGUGAUAACUUCUGUUCUCGUUAUAUAACAUGUUUACGCGGCAAAAUGCCGAUUGAUUUAGUAAUUGAAGAUAGAGAUUCUGCUGGAUCAACUGGUUCAGGUAAUAGUCCACAACCUGUUAACUGUUCAAUGAAUCAAUCAAUAAUUAAUUCAAAUACAUCGUUAGGGUUACAACAUGGAAAUCUUCCCAGUGGUCAUUCUACAACAACAACACCAACAACGAAUCUGUUUAAUAAUUUAAUUGAUGAUUCAAAUGGAGGAUUGAAUAUGCAACAUAAUUUAUCUCAUCCAAAUAUUGGAAAUUUUGCAAAUAAUAAUAAUAAUAAUCAUCAGCAUCAUUCAGGAUUUCAUGGUGACCCAGCAGCUGCCUACGCGGCAGUUGCUGCCGCUGCUGCAGCUUCGUCUGUAACACAAAUGGGUGGAUUAUUAGGAUUAGGCGGUAUGUAUCCAUGUUCGAAUUUACCUGCUGGAUCCAGUAAUGCAUUCCAUUCAAUGUUUGGAGGUGGUGGUAGUGGUGGUGAUCCACGAUAUAAUCCUAAUCCGCAUAAUUCCCCAAUGUCUGGUUUUUCAGACUCUUCAAGUUAUUACGCACAACAACAACAAUUACAUCAUAAUCACCAUCAACAGCAACUCCAUCCACAUCAUGGUAACCAUUCGAACUAUCCUGGAUUGUAUUCAAAUCCAUCGGGGUUUGGAGGUGGUAGUGAACUUAGACCACCACAUCUUGGUUCACCUUAUACAAAUCAUCCAUCUGGGUUAUCAGGCAAUUUUAAUAAUAAUACUAAUAAUAAUUCACAAAAUUUUAUCGGACAUUUACCAAGCGGGCAUGGUGGAACAAAUUUAACAGGAUUUGGUCAACAUCAAUUAUCUGCAGAUGCAUUAUCAUCAUCUUCAUCAUCGGGAAUGGUCGGACGAUCAAAAAAUUCUUCCCCUUUACUUGGAAGUGUUGGAAGUCGGCGGUCACCGGAUGCAGAUGAUCGGACUAGUCCUAAUGGCGGUGGAAAUACAUGUCACCGUAAUGGAGCAUCUGGGUGUGGAAACUCCAACAAUCGUGGUAGUGGUGGUGGAGGUUGUGAUGGAAAUGGAGGAGGUGGUGGGGAUGGCAGCGGCGGCGGCGGGGGUGGUGGUGGUGACCGUGGACAGUCAUCUGACAAUUCUGGUGGGGGUGGACGUACUGCUUCUGGUACAACAAUUUCCAACAUUCAACAUAUUGGUGAUCAUAGUUUGGUUCGCCAAACUCAUAAUCAUCAUCCACAUUCACUCAAUCACAUGUCACAAAAUUUAUCUCAGUCCACUACACCAAUGUCUCGUAGUCAUGGUAAUGCCAGUCAAGAUAUGAACAGUGAAGCGGGUGAUGGAAUUGAUAACUCAAUUGGAUCGGGGGAAAAUUUUGAUGAAUUUGAUUUAGAAGAAAAAUCAAUAAAACGUCAGAAAAAACGUGGUAUUUUCCCAAAAGCUGCUACAAAUAUUAUGCGAGCUUGGCUAUUUCAACAUCUAUCACAUCCUUAUCCAUCGGAAGAACAAAAAAAGCAAUUAGCUACAGAUACUGGUUUAACAAUUCUACAAGUAAAUAACUGGUUUAUCAAUGCUCGACGACGUAUUGUUCAACCAAUGAUUGAUCAAUCAAAUCGAGCCGGACCACAUGGCUAUCCACCCGAUGCUGCAGGAUGCUUACCUUAUAUGGAUAAUCAACAUUUUGCUGCUUAUGGUCGUCCAGGCUUUCACCCAUCGUCUCUUCGUCCUGAAGAGUUCUAUGCGGCAGCUGCAGCCGCUGCAGUUGGAAAUAACGCGUCAGCUGGUGAUCUAGACGGUCAUUUAAAUUCUGGACGUCCCAAUCUUCCUGGUGGGGGAGGAUAUAUGUCAAAUUAUUUAGGCGGUGGUAGUCUACCAGACUCUGAUUUCUCAAAUCCAAAUAACUAUCAGCGUGGUGGUGGUGGGUUAUUCCCUAAUUCUGGAAAUGGUGUUGGGGGUGGAGGUGCCUAUCCACCAAUAUUAGGUGGUCAUCUUCCCUAUGGUCCUUAUUCUACUCCUUCACCAACUCCACCGUCGAACACUCCUAAUCAUAUGUCUGGAAGACAUUCUAAUCAAUUCCCUGGACAGUUUGGUUUGUUUCAAAAUUCCCAUAAUAGUAACAACAUUUCGGACAAUAAUAAUAAUUAUAAUUAUACAGCGAAUGAGUCGAAAAUGCGUACAGCUGCUGAUGUGGAUAGUAUGCAAAAGGCAACUUUAGCUGUUGCUCAGUACGCGGCAGCACUCGCCUUACAACAACAACAACAACAAAGUUUGAAACGUAAUUAUCCAGCAACUAAUACAACUACUGCCACUACUACUAACAAUAAUCAUAAUCCUAAUUUAAGUAAUAAUUCUACAUUGUCUCUAUCCACUACAGGUUAUAAUUCACCUAAUUAUAGAGGAAUGAGUAACGGUCAUUCUAUGUCAUCUGGUCAUCCGACACCAUUAUCUCCAACACACAAUGAUAAUUCGAUUUUUAAUGGACCUAAUAAUGUGAUGAAUAACAUUCCAUCUGCACAUUUACAACAUUCAAUAAAUAAUCCUACUGCUGGUUCACCGACAUCAUCAUCAUCCUCACCAUCAUCAUUCCCAGUGUUGAAUAGACAUACAAAUUUAAAUUUAUCAAAUUAUAAUCAUCAUACAAAUCAUGUAACUGGUCAUCAUCAUCACUCACAUCAUCAUCAUAAUAGUGGUGGGUUCUUACCUUCCGUUGGUGGACAAGACACAAUACCCCAACCAUCAUUACAAGAUAUCCAUGCAGGUUAACAUUAUAUAUAUAUAUAUAUAUGCACUGCAAAUUUGUACAUUUACAAAUCUAUACAGAAAAGCAAAUGGAAACAGAUCUACUGAUCAGGAAAUAAUUAUUUGAUUAUGAACAUAUAUGUAUAAGAACUUUCUAUAAAUUUUACGCACCAUCUGUUAAACCCCGGUGGAUUCAUGUCCUCCCCCAUCUUCCCUACAAUAAAACACAGUGAUAGACUUCUUUUUUUCUAACUAGUUAAAAUAUUCAUCCAUCUAUAUAUAUUUACAAAUAGAAUAACAUUCUCUUCACUUUUGUGAAAUACACAAAUCAAUGAUCUUAAUCAUAAUAUCCAAUGGACAAGACAUAUUCAUGAAUAUAAUUUGACUAUAUUUACUGUUGUACAAAUAUAUUACUGAAGUCAAUUACUCUCAGUUUACUUCAUUUCUUUAUGCUUCAAAAUGAUCAAGAAAUGAUAUUUAUAACAAGUUGGUGUAACAUAAGUUUUCUAGUGUCCCACUCAUCUCUCUUAAUCUGUUUGUUUCUAGGCAGCUUAUUUUCUAUCUAUUCUUGAUUUACUUUCCUGUUUAAUUUAUUCUUCAAUGACAAACACUAUGACUUACUAAAAAAAAUGGUAUUGAUGUUAAUUUUUUGAAAGGAUUGUUUGUCUAGAAAUGGAACAAAAUGGAAACUCAUUUAUAUCGUGUAUAUUUCUCUAUAUAAAAUAAUAUCCGAUGAGUAUUUUCAUUGUCACCACAACCACAACAGUAAUAACAUCCGCCCACCCACCCCCAUCACUAUUCUUGACCUAGUCACUUAUUGAUUGAUAAUUUGAGUUUUUCAUUAUACUACUAAUAUAUUCACCUACCUACCUACCUACCUAGCCACAUAACUACUUACCAUCUAUCUGUUUGUCUAACCAACUCACUAUCUUAUCAUUAGCACAAUCAAUGUUGCGUAAUUUCCUUCAUUUUUGUGAUUUGUUUGUAUUUUUUUCUCUCUUGUUUUGUUGUUUAUUCCUCUCAGUAAUUCUAUUUUUACAAUAAUGACCAUAAUACUAGUAAUAAUAAUAGUAACAUUAAUAGUAAAAGCACUAAUAGUAAUAACGAUAUCCAUUCUAUUACAACAAUGUUAAUAGUAUUUGUAAUAUUCAAAUUGUCAUUAGUUAUGUAAUAUGUGAAUGAGAGUGUUAACUUCAAUGAAUUAAACGGAUAAAUACGAAUCUAGCAAGCUAAUCAUCAGCUUCGUAGUUCAAUAUUGAAUCAUCCAUUGAUUGCCUCACCUCACCAUCACCAUCAUCAUCAUCAUCAUCAUCAUCGUCAUCCCAACCGCUUUUGUUGACAUUUUCUUUAAAAAACAGAACUGCUAUAUAAGUACAGCGUAUGUAUAUGCCAAAAUAAUGCGUAUCAUUAUCAUUAUUAUUAUUGUGUUCAUUUCUAAUUAUUUGUGAAAUAUUUACGAUACACUAAUAGGUAUGAAUCUUUCCCUAUUCUCUUUCACUUUCUUUCGGUCUCCAUGAUUUAUAUUCAUACACCUGUAAACUAUUACUGUCCACCUAUGGAACAAUAACUUUUUUGAUGAAAUACCAAAUGAUCUCUGUUAUACAUAAGAUAUUCAUAGUUGUUUUUUAUUCAACUUUCCAGUAAGUUCAAAUAUGCUCCUUAGAGAACAAUUGCGUAUUUUGCACUAUUAACAAUAUAUUCAGCGAAUAUAUAUAUACAUAUACAUUAAUACUUUGUUGUAUCAUUGUUGGUAAACAUUUCCUCACUACAAUGAUUGUUUGAAGAUAAUGUAACUACAAAAUUAUUAUUAUCACUGGGACUCCCAUCUACUUCUCAUCUAACAAAUCUUUAAAUUUCAUCCCUCCCUCCCUUUUAAAUUUUCUGUACACAGAAUCAGUGUACUCAUGUGCACAAAAAAACGAUACUUUUUAAUGUUACUACUUCUACUACUAGUAAUGUGUUGUUACUGGUUCUAUUGUGAAUAAUAAUUUGGAUAUAAGAAAAGGAAUGUUUAUUGGUUGAAUUUUUAUUCUUUGAUUGAAUGAUCGAAGUUUACUGUUGCCAUAUAUACAUACAUAUUAUUUUUAUGUUUUUCUCUCUUAAAUCACACAAAAAAAUUAUGUAAAAUUAUCAGACAUGUUACUAUGAUUACUAUUACUAUUAUUACUGUUACUAUGACUAAUGAUACACAGACAUAUGAGCACACACACACACACUACAUACAUACAUAUAUAUAUGAACAACGAAAAAUGUUUCUUUUGCAUCCAAAAAAAAUAAACUUGUGUAAUAGAUAAUAAUUUUUGUUUGUAUUUCAAUGUUCUUUUGUUUUUAAUGUCUUAUAAAGAUGAAAACUAUUUCUCAAAACUGAAAUUAAGUUUCUAAUAUAUUGUGAAAUGUAACA